CUUCAGAGGGCUUUCAGUUCAAAGAUCCCUAGAGGGGAAGUGACUUUCUUUGCUUUUUCUUUAUGAAUUCAUUUGGAGUAAGAAUGGUCAACCGCAUCUUGUUGAAGAGUGUGCUGCUCGCUGUAACCUUGAUGGUCACUUCUGGAAUUCCAGAUAAGCUGUUUACUUGCUGUAAGAAAGUCAGCACCAGUGAGAUAAAGGAACCAAUAUUAACAUAUCGGAUCCAGCAGGCAGAUCCUCCAUGUGUUACUGCCAUAAUAUUUAUUACAGAAAAGGACCAUUACUGCAUUUAUAUAAAGGCUCCAUGGGUGAAACGGAAGGUUGCAGAGUUAAGUAAUAGAGCAAGAGCUUGGUUAUCUACUCCUAAGGUGGUCAGCUCAACGCCUCUGUCACCAUCAUCUUCAUUGCCAUCGUCAUCACCAUCAUCAUCACCAUCAUCAUCAUCACCAUCAUCAUCACCAUCAUCAUCAUCAUCAUCACCAUCAUCAUCAUCACCAUCAUCAUCACCAUCAUCAUCAUCAUCAUCACCAUCCUCCUUGCUCCUCUCCAUCAUUACAUCCACCACUUCUCCUCCCUCAUCGUCCGUAAUGCUACCUAAUUCCUCAUCAUCCCCAUCAUUCCUCUCUUCUUCUUCCUCCACCAUUGCAACCAGUGAGACUUUGACUGGAACCACAGAUGAGAAAAAACGAAUCUCCUCCACAACCAGCUAAGAAAAAGGAAAAGCUAACGUGCUUGUCCAUAUCCAAACUGAAGUCAAUCAGACUUAAAGAAUAGAGCGAUGCAAAAAUGUUAUUUGUUUCUUUUAUGUUUAAUAAUAAUAUUUAGUAAUCUCCCUGAUCUGUACAGGUACAUUAGUGAAUGAAAACUAUUAGUAUAUUUAUUUUUAAAGUCAAACUUUGUAAUUUAUGCGAAAAAUGUUAAGAGUUUUAAGUUGUUUUACCAAUUACCCGUUAACUUUUAAGUAAAUUUGUAUGAUAUACAAACCUUAUUUAGACAAAUAUCUCUGUGGUUAUUA